UUAAAGAACAGUCAUGUCAUUUAUGUUUUUCUUUUUGAUUAUUUUAAAAUAACGAUAAACAUACAUUUGCAAAAAGAUGAUGGAUAACUUUUUAUGACUGCUACAACCUGCGCUUGUUUUUAUAUCUAUAUUCAUAAUUAUUCCUGGUUAUUAUGUUUAUCAGUAAAAGUUAUUAAAAGCCAUUGUUGAAGUUCAGUGUCAUCGAUAAAAGACAGAGCCCUACGUUUAUAAAAUUUCAAACACACUGAAUUUCUUCACUUAAAGUGAAUUAACAUUUUAAUCGACUGUUUGAAGGUAUUCACACUUUUUAAAAUCUUGGUGGAUGAAGAUGACCAGUAAGAAAAGUGAGCUUUUAUUGUGAAGUAGCAGCAGUAUUACAUUUCCUCAACCGGAAGUUUGUUUUGUUUUGUUUUUUUCUCAGAGCAGUGUUUUAUAUUUCUAACACCAGUUCUGGGGUUUAUUGCGCUAAUUUAUGCGUCUUUUUAUCGGACCGCUCCCUGCAUCACCAUGGUGAACCUCUGCUGUCUCUGCUGCGGUCAACUCCCGGCUGAACCCCGCCUCCCUCCGCCCCGCCAGCCAGGAGCACCGCGGGACUCCCGCACCGCACCGCAGCAUCAUCAGGAUCAUCAUCAGCUGCAGCAGCAGCAGCAGCAUCAGUCUGCUGGACCAGAAUCUGAUGCGGGACUUAGCGGGACCCGGAAGGAGGAUGCAAACGGAGGGAAGAAGGUAAAACUGGAUGCAUGAGAGGACAUGCAAAGCGCUGCAGCAUGCUCUCCUCUGACCAGGACUCCGCGGAAGAGGCGCCCAGUGUUCCCAGUGCUGCUGAGGAAGAAGAGCAGGAGGAAGACUCACCUGCAGACAGCGAUCUUCCAGAAGUGCAGCGUCCAGCCCAGCAAUCCCUGGGCGCCUGCGUCUGCCGGGAGUCCCACUGGCGCUGCCUGCUGCUCUCCGUCCUCAUGAUCAUCUGCCUGGCUGCGCUGGCUUGGUGUCAGCUGACACGGGUCACCAAGAUCAGCUUCACCUCCAACUUCCCCUCCACCCUGCGAGGCGGCGGACACUCUUUGAUCUACCACGACAGCCCGUGCUCAGACGGGUACGUCUACAUCCCGCUGGCCUUCCUGUUGCUGCUCUACGGGUUGUAUAUGGUGGAGUGCUGGCACUGCAUGGCCCGGAACCAGCUGCAGUCCAAAGCGGACGUGGACAGCGUGUACGAGCGGGUGCUACGCAUGCGACAGGCACAGCCUUGCAUAUGGUGGAAGGCCAUCAGCUACCACUUUGUCAGACGGACGCGGCAGGUGACAAGGUACCGCAAUGGGGAUGCCUACACCACCACGCAGGUGUACAACGAGCGGGUCAACACCCAUGUGGCGGAAGGGGAGUUCGACUAUGCCCACUGUGGAAUGAAAGACGUGUCGCGGGAACUUACGGGCCUGGAGGGUCACCCCACAACCCGCCUGCGCUUCACCAAGUGCUUCAGCUUCACGGAGGCCGGCCCAGAGAACGACUACCUCAACCAGAGGUCCCGGUUCUUCUCCGAAACAGAAGGUCUGGACGACUACAUGGAAGCUCGGGAGGGGAUGCAGCUAAGGAACGUGGACUUCCGGGACAACAUGAUUGCCUGCGUUGACCCGGACCGGAUGCCGUGGUACACGUCUCGGGUGGCCUUCUGGUUGGCUGCGCUGCUCAUGCUCUCCUGGCCUCUCAGAGUCUUCAUCGAGUACCGAACGGCGUACGUCCAUUACAGGGUGGAGAAGCUGUUUGGGUUGGAGUACAUCUGCGGCAGUCCGUCCCCACUAAACGAAGUUAGCUGCGGUAUUCCCAGAGUGGACACCCUGGAUAGCACGGAGAUGGAGUGGCACAUUCGCUGCAACCGCCAGCUCAUCCCCAGCUACUCGGAGGCCAUGCUCAUCAGCGCCAACACCGCGACCUCCGCCUCCUCCACCCGCUUCUUGGUGGACCCCGGAGCGCCCCUGAACCGGGACGAUGGUUCAGGAGGUAGGAGGAGGACGGUCGCCAGCUCCAGCUGUUCCUCAGGGUUCUCCUGCCACGGAGCGCUGCUGCUGUCCCGCCUCUCCUCUGACACGUCCCACGUGUCGCUGUGCCGAAUGUACGGCUCCCGUCGCACCGUGGCUCCGUGGAGAAGCCGCAGCAGCAGCUUGUCGGACCCCUGCUGCCUGGACGAGCAGUGCUGCAGGUCCGACUCCAGCCAGCUGGCGCUCAGCGACAGUCCGCCGACCUAUAGGGACGCCCGAUUCUUCCCAGCUCUCAUCGUCCACUGGUCUGAGUCCGGGGAGGACAGAAGGCGGUAUUACAUCAGGAGAGGGUCAUCAUGUGUGGAGACGGCGUUGUAGACAAACUGGACCCAAAAGUUAAAGUGUAACUAACUCCUUUGUGAAAGCUUAGCCACACCCCCAAACAAUGCUAAAAAAAAUUCCAUUGAAGUGGGCGGAGCCAAUAAAUUUUAUGGGGCGUGUCCAAAUGAAGGGAGGAGCUGAGGGGUGUGAUCAAAACGAGGGAAAGAAUUGUUGCCGACUUACUGACUUUGCCACUAUAUCUUAUGUUUUAGAGACAUUAUGGUGACAACAAACUAGCUAAGUUUAUACUAAACACUUGUCAACAUUCAAAGAAAAAAAGAAAUCAUCACCGUCUACAGUCAGAGCAGAGAGGAGACCUAUUUCAGUCUGAAUCCACAUUGGAAAUGAAUCAGACAUGCAUUUUAUGAGAAACACCACCGAUCAAUGUUCACCGCAAUCCCAGCCCCCGACUCGCCACCAGGGGGCGCGUGUCUGACUGUAAUAAUUUUAUGUGUUUGUGUGACAAUUGUUAGUUGCAACAAUUUUCCUAUUGUUGUAACCAAUAGGAAAAUAGACUGCAGUAGCUGCUGUUGAACCCAUGAGGGCAGCACUGAGACGGUUUUAAGGGAAAAUAUUGCAGAAUUAAAUACAUUUUCACAAAAAUGUCAGAAAAAUUGCAUAGAAACAUACAGGUAGCACCCUAAAGGAGCAAUGUGUACAGUUUAUCAGCAACUAAUAGCUGACUUGGGGGUUAGUUACUCUUUAAGAUGCUGGUUGUUGGACAUGCAUCACUUUUACUGAGAAAAACCUGAAAACUAAGGCAAGAAUUUCUAUGCAACUAAUUUUCUCCUGAUGAACAGAGAAAUACUCAGAGUUGAAGUGAAGAUGGAUAAAAUCAGAACAGUCCUGGAGGAAAACUUGUUGGAGGGUGUGAAUACUUCUGUCAGCCACCGAUCCCUGAAAUGUUGCUACAUUAACAGAACUGACCUGCAUCCAACUGUGUUUGUUCUCCAUGAAAAUGUCUGCAGGCGCAGGAACCUCUCUUGUCCUGCUAAUGUGUCAUUCUGCAUGAUCCUCCUUUAUCAGCAUGACUCAGUUCAGUUCAACAGUUUGUAACUUUCUCUGUUCUGCAGAUAAAGUUAAGGAAAUAUUAAAAACACUCAAGCAACUUUUAUGCA